CGGGGGGUGUGCAGGGUGUCGGGCAGGGAGCGGCUCUCGGGGAGCGUGUGGAGCCGGGACUGAAAACGGCUUCCCGUGUUCGUGUGCGGGUGUUUCUGGUGCUCUGACUCAAGGGUGGCCCUGCUUGGAAAGCCUCUGUGAGCCGUUAUGUCGCUUUGGUGGAAACGUGGCUGUUAGCGGCGAUGGACUGAGUAACUGUGCUGAAAGUUGCGUUGGUGAGGCCAGCGCGGGCUGCCCGGGGAGCGGCGGGGUCACCGUCGCAGGAGGUGUUCCAGAAAGGUUUCGGUGAAGGAAGUCUGAAGCCAUGGCUGCAAAACCUGUACUCUACUACUUUGAUGGAAGAGGCAAAAUGGAGUCGAUCCGCUGGCUGCUGGCUGCAGCUGGGGUCGAGUUUGAAGAGGUGUUUUUGGAAACACGAGAGCAGUAUGAGAAACUGCUGCAAAGUGGAGUCCUCGUGUUCCAGCAAGUGCCCAUGGUGGAGAUUGAUGGGAUGAAGUUGGUGCAGACCAGAGCCAUCCUCAACUACAUAGCAGGGAAAUACAAUCUCUAUGGGAAGGACCUGAAGGAGAGAACCCUGAUUGACAUGUAUGUUGGGGGAACAGACGACCUUAUGGGCUUCUUGUUGAUUUUUCCAUUCUUAUCAGCUGAGGAUAAAGUGAAACAGUGUGCCUUUGUAGUUCAGAAGGCUACAAGCAGGUACUUCCCAGCAUAUGAAAAGGUUUUGAAAGACCAUGGCCAGGACUUUCUUGUUGGCAACCGUCUCAGCUGGGCAGAUAUUCAUCUUCUUGAAGCCAUUUUAAUGGUAGAAGAGAAGAAGUCAGAUGCUCUCUCGGGAUUUCCUCUGUUACAGGCAUUUAAAAAAAGGAUAAGCAGCAUCCCCACAAUCAAGAAGUUCCUAGCGCCCGGAAGCAAGAGAAAACCUAUUUCUGAUGAUAAAUACGUGGAGACUGUGAGGAGGGUUCUCCGUAUGUAUUAUGAUGUAAAACCAAACUAGGGUGCUUGUCUAAAACAAGGGCUGUUCUUAGUUGAAGAGAGCUACCAGAUGGCAUAAGUAAACUGUGCAGAGAAGGUGAGGAGGCAUUUGAAAGUAGUUGUAAUGAGCAGUACCUUGAAUUCUCUGAUACAAAAUACAGCAUACAAGUAUUUUGCUUUUACUAAUAUAACGCUUUACUACUAAUCCAUUCUUGAGAUUUUUCUGGUAAUUGCUACCAACUGAAAUGGCAUCAAAUGUGCUGUUUUCCAGCAGUCUCACCAGAAAAGGAGAAAACAAAAGUGAAAGAAGUAUGAAUUGCUGACUGACAGCUCCAGCAUCUUGUGGUAGCUCUGAGGGUCCAGAUCAGGUUUCUGUAUGAUUAGUUCUGAUUCAAGUCCUUAGUGAUUUUAGAUUCACUUUAGGAAAUGAAACAAACAGCUUUUAAAGAAUGUAGGACAGAUAUGUUCCUCUUGCCAGAUAUAUUGGAUGUUACUGAUGCGUGAACUACCAGUGUGCCUUCAUAACUAAGCUGCAUUUUAAUUACUGAAUUGGGAAAUAAAAUGACUGCCAAAUGUCAUAUUUGUAUAACUGGCCUAUCUAGAAGAUCUAUUCUAAUAAAUAAACUCAUUAUCCUUA